AUGGUGCCGACCAGGACAUUCUUGAGUCUGACUAACUCAUUGGCUUCAGUAGAUGGGGAAUUAUGCUCCGUUGUUCUUCCGUCACUCAAUGGUGUCUAUGAGAUCGACCGUUCUGGCUAUCAAGUUGUGGCUCACCAUUUGUGCAGGCACAUACUUCUUCAGGAAGCCAUGUCAUGGCUUAGCACUCUAGGUGGUGGGUUCUCCUGUCUUGGAGAAAAGUUUGAGGAUGCGGCUGAAAUUGCCGGAGAAAUAUCAUUGCGUCAGAUGUAUUUGGCAAUUUCAAUGAAGAUUCCCGUUUUUCAAGCUCGCUGCAGACUCUUUUUUGCACAAAGUCUUAUGCAGCGUGGGCGACUCAAAGCGGCUGAACUUAUAAUUAGAGAUGUCUAUUCAUUUUCCAAAUCUGCCUCUCUCUACGAUAAUCCGCCGGAAGUCCAUCUGGAUCUAAUGUGUCGGGGAAUUUGGAAGCGCCUCUCUCACCUCUGGUCCAUUCGGCGUUCCUCGAGGCAUCGGACCCAGCGAUUGCAGCUCCAUCUUCAAACCAAUGAAAUUGGCAUAUUGCCCUUCUCAGAGCAACCUCUCAGCACAAUGUGUGAUUUUACUGACACUUACAAUAGAAGGCUAUUUCCAGAUAUAACAGCUGUUCUCAAACUUAUGUGA